AUGUUAACCACCCUGAUCAUAUCAUUCUCCUUUUGGGACGCUCUAAAUAUUCUUUGGUCUGUCGCUCUCAUUUACACGAUCAAAUUCUAUCUCACGUAUUUUACCCGCGAAAAUCCACUGCCUGGUCCACUCCCACUUCCCGUAGUAGGAAAUCUCCUGCAACUAGCCACAGCUGGCGAUACUAGCAGAUGGGCUUUACAAUGUCAAGCUAAAUAUGGCGACAUGUGGGAAGUGUAUGUUGGAAGCAUCAAAUACAUCUGGGUGGCAAGAGCCGAUUUAACCGACAAAAUUAUGGAUGCAUCAAAAACCAGCAACUACUUUAUUCGGACUCCGCCCAACAGUGGGAUAGCCAUGCUAGGAAUCUCAUCAAGUGGCCUGGCAUUUAAUGAAGACAAAGACAAAUGGUUUUUUAAUAGAAAGAUUGUCGUUCAAGCCAUAUCCAGUACAAAGUUCAUAAAACAGAUUACAGAAUGGAUUCAACAUGAGUUUAUCGAAAUGGAGGGAUACAUAAUGGAACUUGGUUUCGACGAAAAGGCUUUUAACUGCGCUAGUUGGGUUCAAAGAUUGGUUACGGAUACAAUAUUUGUUGCAUCAAUGAACAAGUACGCAUGUACUUUGGCUUCGCUGUACAAUUCUCACAAUCCACCGAAACGAGCUCCGUAUACACGAAAAACGGUUGAAGAAUCCGACAAUUUUGUUCACGCCAUGAGAACGUAUUUUAGUUCACUCGACUAUUUCCUGUUCAUGCCUGAAUUUGUUCGUACCAAGAUACCGUUUGGACGUCGACAAACUAAAAUGUACAUGGACAAUUUGCAUUGGUUACGUGAGGUUUUGACGCAAAUUAUUAAAGAAAAGAGAGAGGAAGUUAAGAACGAGCAGUCCGAGUUGAGACCCGAUCUCUUGACAUUGAUGGUUACUGCGAAUACCCCAAGAGAUGUUACACAAAAUAUAAAAACUACUGUCGAGGAACCCUUGACAACUGAGGAAAUUGGGAACUGCUUUAUUGAUUUACUGGUUGCAGGUAUUGACACGACAGCCAAUCUGAUCUGUUACAUACUAUAUUAUGUAAUUAAAAAUCCAGAAGUCAAGAAGCGCCUCCAGCAUGAACUUGACACCAUUUACGGAGCUGAUCCCACUCGUCCAAUAACUUACGAAGAUUUGAAUAAAUUAGUGUAUAUAGAGGCUGUCAUUAAAGAGACUUCUAGAAUACUGCCUGCUACUGCUUUAAACAUUCGAACGGCCGAGAGAGAUGAUACCAUCGGAGGAUAUCCGAUCAAGGGUGGCCAACAAAUAAUAUUAAGCUUUGCUGGAAUUCAAAAUCACCCUAAACAUUGGCCUAAUCCCGAACAAUUCAACCCGGAUCGCUUCCUAGAACCCAACGUCUCUAAAAUCGAGAGACAUUCGCUUCCUAUGUUUGGAGGUGGAUUACGCAUGUGUCCCGGUAAACACAUGGCAAUGACCGAGAUGAAAGUGGUUAUUGCCAUGGUAUUCCGUAAAUAUGAUCCCGAACUGGCCACUGCGGAUACUGAAAUGAAGUUUAAGCGCGCAAUGGUGAAUCAUUGUGCCGAAUUAAUGUUAAAAUUUAAACCUAGGACGAAAACGGUCCACUAG